AUGGAUUUGUCGGACUACAUCCCAAGUGGCGAAUGGACGGUCCGUGGUACAUCGGUUAAACGCGAAGAGACCUAUUACAAGUGCUGCUCGGAGCCAUACUAUUCCGUGAAAUUCUUCCUAAAUGUACGCCGUCGAACAUUUUAUUAUGGCUUCAACGUGAUUAUACCAUCACUGCUUAUUGCCAUGCUUACCACGCUUGCGUUCACUUUGCCGCCGCUCGAUUUGUCGGAAAAAAUUGGCUUUCGUGAGUUCUCCUUGCAUGCUGCUUUACAGAAAACAAAUGAACUGAACUAA